AUGAACUUCAGCAGCUUGGCUUGCAUCUCCUCGAAGGUUUUACUCAUGAAUCUGAAGAGCAAGAACGAGAGGGCUCGUACUAAGCAGGCGGUGCACAAGUCAACAGGCGGGAAGGCACCCCAUAAGCAGCUGGCCACCAAGGCGGCCCACAAGAGCGCACCAGCCACAGGUGGCGUGAAGAAGCCGCACCGCUACCGGCCCGACACCAUAGAGCUACUCGAGAUUCACUGCUACCAGAAGUCCACCGAGCUGCUUAUCCGCAAGCUGCUGUUCCAGCGACUGGUGCGUGAGAUGACGCAGGACUUCAAGACCGACCUGCGCUCCCAGAGCUUGACCGUCACGGCACUGCCGGAGGCAUGCAAGGUCUACCUGGUGGGGCUCUUCAAGGACACCAACUUCUGCUCAUUCCCCACCAAGCACAUCACCAUUAUGCCCAAGGACAUCCAGUUGGCAUCCGCAGAGAGAGGGCAUAAAGUUUAUGAUGCUAAAAUCUCAGGGCUGGGACAAAUGGAAAUGCUACUUAUGCCCGCUCGAGUAAAUCGAUGA